GAAGCUUUAAUUCAUGAAGAAAAAGCCAAAAUUUCGGCUUAUUUGUUAAUGAAUAACAUCGAUGACUUAUUCUAUACUGCACCAGAAGUUUCAUGUGUCAAAAAAUACGGACAAGAGGCAAAUAGAGAUUGUAAUGCAGUAAGACCAGAACUUCCAAAGUAUACAAAAGUUACAAAGCGAAAACCCGAUAUUGUUGAUUUUCCAAAAUCGCAUUUUCAGAAACGGUUUUUUCUGAAAAUGAAAUUUUCGAAAAUAAAGAAUUCCAAAUUUUCACCUUGUGGCAUUUACAUGUCAGAACUAAUUGUAAAAAUGACAAUUCAAUGUUGUGAUACCAAAGUUUCCCAACAACCUAAGGCUAUAAAAUUCAAAGAAAAACCAGAUAAAUGUAAAGAGACUUAUAUCAGUAAAGAGAUUGAUACAAAGUUAAUAAGUCGAUUAGUCAAAAGUCGAUUAGCCAAGGCAGAACAAAGUCAAGAUCACAAAUUAAUUAUUCAACAGGAAUCUUUUGAAGAGCACUUGUACUUAGUAAAAGAGAUGCAAAUAGAUAACGAAAUAUGUAAUGAGUCGAAUGGUGUAAAUGUAUAUGUUGUAGGUGGAUUCGGGAUUCUGUGGAUUCGGAAUCCACUUAAGUGGAUUUCGAAUCCCGAAUCAACUCAAGUUGAUUUCGGAUCUUUAAAAAUAUUAAAUGAUAAUUAUUUAAUUAAUCAAGAAUACCCCUUUAUUUCGAGACAAGUUUUUAAUGAACUAAUCGAUAAAUAUCUUGAUAAAAAAUCACUUGCACGGCGUCGCAAAACUUUUAUUUCACAAACAGACUAUGAUCUUAUAAUUACAGUACUUCGUGAACCUGCUAAUCCGAGUUUGGAAACUCCAAAAGAUCAAUACUGGAUUAAGAAUUCUUUCAGUUGCGGGAGUUGGGAACUGAAACAAAUCCAAACACUCAAAUCAUUGCUAUUUCUAAAAACGAAAAUGGGACAGAAUUGA